AUUAAUUCAUCUUCCUUGUUAACUAACUCUCAACAUGUUUAGUUAAUUGUUGAUUAUUUUGUCUAAAUUAAUUUUCUGAUUUCUUUAGUGUUUUUAUCUUUCUUUCUGUGAUUACAAUUUAAUUUCCUUAAAUGAGUCAACAGGGAAUCAAAUUAUUGUCAACAAUUAGCUAAUUGAUUCAAUUUGGUUCAUCAAGUUAGAUUAUAAUCUUAAAUGGUUUGGUCAACAUUAAUUAACUGUCAACAGCAAGAAGAUGAAUCAACAAUCAAUGAGAGAAACAAUUCAAUUAUAUUAACUGAUUACAAUCAACUAAUGUCUCGUCUAGGAGUAACCACCAGCCCAGGUUACCCUUCUUACCUUGAUGAUUUAAAUCAAAUUGAACUUGAGGCUCCUAUCAAAGGUUAUCUCAAUAAAUUGGCUUCACGAAAAUGGUUUACACCUUUAUGGUUAAAUAGUAUUAACUCAAAAGGCUCUUGGAGGACAAGUUAUUGCAUUUUACGGGCCAACAAAUUGUAUUAUUAUCAGAAUCAGCUGGGCCUUGGAUUUGAUAAAAAACACUGUGGACAAAUUAACUUGGAUUAUUAUGAUGUUUGUGAACAAUUAACCAACACUAGCAACAUAAGAAUCAAUUUAAAGGAUGACAACGGAUCUAAAUUUACAUUCUUAAUCUACUCAUCUUUAGCCAACGUUUCAUCUUCAUCGUAUUCAUCUCAGUCUCGACAUAUCUUUGCCGCUGAUAGUGCCUUAGAAAUGUUCAAGUGGAUCAGUUCAAUUCAGAACGCAAUUAAAGAUGCUCGAGUAAAUCGUAAAGGUCCAGGUCGCCGUCGUCAUGAUAAAUCAAAAUCUGGUGCUAAUGGUGACGCAGUGGAUGCAAGUAGUAAACAUAAAACCGCACCCGCUGAUGGAUUAGCGUUUAACUCGGAUCGUAUUGAGCCCAUUUCCAUAUUACACUGUGAGCAAAAAAAUCGACCUCGAGGACCUAAAGGUCGCCGAUUACCAGGACGUAAUAAUCUUCACUCAACAAUACUUAAUGGUACUUCAACCAGUGAUCUACUUGAUAACCGUUCAUCGUCGGGAACUGGUUGUGAUCAUCUAUUUGCAAUUAAUGAAUCGUUAAGCCUGGAAAGUUCAACCGAUAUGACCAAUGAAACGUCAAUCACCAAUCAUCAUCACAAUUUUAAUCAUCAACGACGACCUCGAACCUCAACCAAUGAUACUCUUGAUACCGAUGGCGGAGAUGAUAUUGAUAAUCAAUAUGGUGGAAAGAAAGAUGAUUAUCAAGAUGGAGAAGGUGGUAAUUAUUAUGAUUCGGUUAUCGAAGAGCCCUCACGUCGGAUUAUCGGAAUGAUGAGUAAAAUGAAGAUGGAGGAAGAUGAGGAAACUCGUAAAGAGAAAAGCCUGAUGAUGCUCAAUGGAUAUGGAAAAGGUGAUCUUAAUCUUCCCUCUGAGAAUAAUUUAAUCUUUAAAUCAAACGGUGAUUCACCUAAUCAUCAUUACAAUAAUUCAUCACGUUUAUCAAAUGGUGGUGGUGGCAAAAUGACCAAUGGUUACUCACCAGCAAUUAAAUCAACAACAACAACAACAACAACAACAUCACCUUCACUCAUUAAACGUUUUCAUGAUAAUAAUUUCAAUCCAGAAUCAAAGGAUCUAAAAAGACAAUUAAAUGCCAUUUUUUCAAACAAUAAUCAACAUCAGCAAUUAACUAUCAACCUUGGAGAGUCAAUUGUUACCAUUGAUCAGAUGAAAUUGACACAAUGUCUUAAAGAAAUUUGUCCAACACUAAUUACCUCCAAUACUUUACUCGAGAAAAGUUCAUCUAUUUCAAGUUCCUUAUCCAAUUUUGAUCCAAAAUUAAAAUCACUGAUUAAGGAGAUUGAAAGUCUCAAGGAUGUUAAAAAAAGUAAACAUUUAACCACCAAAAUCGAGGGUAUUAUUGGUAAAUUGGUUACCCUAUCCAAUGAUUAUUCAAAGUCCAUUGAAUCUUUUGACCAAUACAACGAUGAAAUUAGUAAAUUGAUUAAUUCAUUAUCAACAUUGGUCAAUCAAUCAAAAAUAACAUCAACCGGACCAAUUUCAUCAUCUUCACCUUCAUCACUUUCACCACCUUCAUCACCAAGACUAGUCAAUCCCAACAAAUUACUAAAUGGUAACAAAUCAAGUCCAUCAACACAUUGUUAAUUGUUGUGUGUUGGGUUACUCAGUUUAUUUAAAUCACUUUUGUUUUAUUUUCCACAACAAUUAAGCGAUCAACAAAUAAACCAAGGAACCAGGAAAUGAUAACGAUAACCGCUAACAAUUGAACACUGAUUAUUGAUCAUGACCAAAAUUUGAUUUGGAACAAUUUAAAACAUAAUCAAAAUUUUGAAAAGUUUUAUCACAAUUAAAUGAUUGGACCCUAUUGAUUUAAAAGUUAUCAACUAUCCAAGGAAUCAAAUGAAUCCUGGAGUUGAUAUACAAUUGGACAAAUGGACAAAUUUUGAUCAAGCCAAAUUGUUAAUUGCUGUUAAUUGUUAUUAUUAAUAUGGGAAAAAAAGUUAUUACCAUGAAAAAAAAUAUUAUAAAUAUUUAAAAGUGUAAAGUGAAAAAAUAUUUUUUUCUUGCUUUUCGUUAGCAAUUUAAAUUGUUUUGUAAAAGUUAAUUGUAACAAUUACAGUCUCGUAAACUCAAUUUCAUAAUCUCAAUCAAUGAUCAUCACCACAAUCACCUUAAUUCAUCAUUAAUCAAUCACCUUAAUCGCCUUAAUCCUUUUCUUGAUUGUCUUCCUAAUAAUUAUGUAAAUCUCAUCAUGAACUUACAAUUAUUAUUAUUAUAUCACUUUGCGAAAUCAAAACAAUGUUAUUUUUAUGAUAGAAACAACAACAAUCAACAAAAGUUAAUGACAAUUUAAAGUUUGAUCAAUAAUAAGCCUUAAUAAUCAAA